GAUUCCCUGAGAGACUCCCACGGUGUGGAUCUGUUUCACAAGAAGUUGACAUCGCAGGGGACGAGGCAUGAGAUUGCCUUUGGCGUUUACAUUUCAGUGUUUCCAAAUACUAUAACCCUCAAAAUCCUUUCCCUCCGUUUUCUUCUUUUUCGCACUCCACGUCUUUUUCUACCCUUUUAUUUGUCUCCAACGCCACAACAGGGAUUUCAAUACAAGCAGGAACCAUAACGUCAGGGCCGUUUGUUCCCAACCGGACUCAGCCACCCGAUGCCCACUUUGUUUUGACGGCCCAGCUGGACCCCGCCUCUCCGCGCGAAACCAUUGGAUGUCCCGGCAGCUUCUGGCGCUCUCAUUGGCCGAGAAGAUUCAUCCGGGAGGUUCGUCAGCGCCCAGGUGGGGGAAGCCUGUCGCUCGCUGGAAGUUGGAAGGGCGGAAAACUGACGGUAACUAUGGUAACGGGGCCUAGUGCCUGCCUCUAAGCCCUGGGUUCAAGGCCCAAAGUGCUCUUAACAUGCCUCCUGGGAAGGUGGCACAUAAGGAAGCCUUGGUCCUGCAGUGUGAAUGGGACAUGUGCAGCUUUGUGGCCUCAAAGAUGGAGGAGUUCUGUGAACAUGUGUCCAAGCACUUGCAGCAGCAUCUCCAUGGCAAAGAUGAGGAUGAUGAAGUGGAUUCUCUCGAAGAAUACGCCUGCCUCUGGCAGGAGUGUGGGUUCUGUUCUCCCGAGAGCCCUGCAGAGCUGGUCCGCCAUGUUUACUUCCACUGUUACCACACCAAGCUCAAGCAGUGGGGACUGCAUGCCUUACAGAGCCAAUUGGACCUGACUCCCUGUCAGCUGGACUUUCAGAGCCGGAACAUUAUUCCUGAGAUCCAGGAGAACUUCCUCUGCCUCUGGGAGUACUGCGAGAGAGAUUUUGAUAACCCCGAAUGGUUCUACAGACAUGUGGAGGAUCACAGUUUCUGUACAGAGUACAAGGCAGUUGGGAAGGAGAAUCACAUGGUCUUCUGUGGCUGGAAAGAUUGUGACUGCACCUUCAAAGGCCGCUGUAAGUUGCGCGAACACCUGCGCAGCCACACGCAGGAGAAGGUAGUGGCUUGUCCUACCUGUGGUGGAAUGUUCUCCAACAACACCAAGUUCUUUGACCACAUCCGCCGGCAGACCGCUUUAGAACAACAGCGAUUCCAGUGUUCCCACUGCUCCAAGAGGUUUGCCACAGAGAGGUUGCUGCGUGAUCAUAUGAGGAACCAUGUCAACCACUACAAGUGCCCCCUGUGUGACAUGACCUGCCCUCUGCCCUCCUCCCUGCGCAACCACAUCCGCUUCCGGCACAGCGAGGAGCGGCCUUUCAAGUGCAAUUACUGUGACCACAGCUGUAAGAAUCUCAUUGAUCUCCGGAAGCACUUGGAUACACACAGCAAAGAGCCGGCCUACCGCUGCGAGUUCGAGGCCUGCAACUUCAGCGCCCGGUCCCUCUGCUCCAUCAAGCUGCACUACAAGAAGGUUCACGAGGGAGAUUCGGAGCCCCGGUACAAGUGCCACGUCUGUGACAAAUGUUUCACUCGCGGAAACAACCUUACCGUGCACCUCAGGAAAAAACACCAGUUCAAGUGGCCUUCAGGUCAUCCUCGCUUCAGGUACAAGGAACACGAGGACGGCUACAUGCGGCUGCAGCUGGUGCGCUACGAAAGCGUGGAACUGACAGAGCAGCUGCUGAAGGACCGGGAGAAGCAGGGGGAGGCCCUGGACGACACAGCCCAGUGUGUGGUGCUGGCAGGGGCCGAGGGCAGCCUGCAGGGCAUCAUCCUAGAGCCGCCCACGGAGGAAGCUGCUGGUGCGGACUUGCAAGUUGCCACGCCCCCCCCAGGCCCUGCUCAACUGGGGGCCGAUGCAUCGCCAGAUCAAGAGCCAAGCGCCCCCUCCAGCCCCAUCAUCCGCGUUGUGAACAGGACCAAUGAACGCGGGGAGAGUGAGACUGUCUAUUACGUUAUGGCCAAUGCACCUUCUGAGAGCCGGGCAGUUGUGCCUGGCGGGUUUGCCACGGACCUGGAGGAGAACGUCAUGGACAGGCUUCAGAAGACAGCGGAGGAACUGGGCAUCCAGAUUGUGUGAGGCUCCUGCCUGAGUGUGGAGCUCCAGGCCCUUGUCCCCAGCCUCAGGAGCUGGACUGGGAUUGCAGAUGCCCUGCUUUGGCUCCCUGUGCUUCUGUAAUGCACAUCAUGAGAACCAAAAGAUGCCACCCGGAGAAGGGAGAAAGGGACUGUGGGUUGGUUUAGUUCUCUUAAGCAGCACUCCAGAGGCUCCAGGCUCAGCACAGAUGCUUUCCUCUGUCCUCCUGCCAGAGGGAUCCGGUGGGUGGUCUGGCUAAAGGAAGACGGGAGCCACCUUCUGGGAUAGUCAGUGUGGAACACAGGGGCUGGUUCACCUGUCAGCUGCAUGGUGAUGUUGUCUGGUGUGCAUAGUGCACAGUGCUGUGGAGCCCAUCCUGGGAAUGUGAAAUAUCGGGGCUGAGUUGAAGCACUGCAUAGUCCAAGAAUCUGUUUCUCGUGCUGCCUGCCUUGAAAGAUCCCCUGCCGGAAGCAUUUAUCUUUCCUUUGACGGCUUCCUGGCCGGCCCCCUUCCUUGCUGUGAGCCCCAUGCUCAGGCUCUGCAGUUCUCUGGUACACACAUAAACUGUUGGUCUCCCUGUCUCUUGAAACAUGUUCUGGCACCUAACUUGCCCAGCAUAGACAAUAAUACUUGACCUAGUCUGUGUCUGUGUUCCUUCCAAGCUACUCUGCCUUUGAGUGUUCCAAGACAGUUCUGGCACCGUUAUCUCAUAGGCUCUUCUGUUGCCUGUGGAUGAGGAACGUGAGCAUUUGAGAGCCACUUCUUUCCAGCUGCCACCCCACAGUUAGUUGCUUCGUCCCCCCCUUUUGUAGUUGUUGUUGUUAAGGCCCCUCUUGCGUUAUCUUUGUGGCAUGGGAGUCCCUUGGGUAAUGUAGGAAGCUGCAGGCUUUGUGAGCAGAGCUCACUCUGUGGCUCUUCCCCCCCCCUUACUUGAGCAGCACUGGAAGGAAUUGCUGCAACAGCAUGGAGAGACAGAGCAAAAAAAAGGGGGGGGGAGAUAAUUCUUGCCAUGAGGUCCUCUCCCACAUUGUGUUUCCAGCUCCUGGCUCACAAGGUUUGUGUUGGAACAAAAAUUAUAAUUAAAAAAAACCCCU